AUACAAGGGCUCGUCGCGUGCGCACGGUCCUCUGACAAUAUGGCGUGCGUGAAAUUAUUAUUGUUUAUUUCAUUGGCAGUUUUGGUCACGAGCCAGAAACCAAGCCCCGUAGUCAGAGUUGCCAAUGGUAUCUUACAAGGGACUUGGAGUCAGUCCACAAAUGGAAGGGAGUACGCCAGCUUCCUCGGCAUACCGUACGCUCGGCCGCCGGUUGGUAAAUAUAGGUUUAGGGAGCCGCAACAGAUGAAGCCUUGGGCGGGAGUUUGGGACGCAUCCAGACCUCUGGCGAACUGCAUGCAAUAUGAGCCGUUUAAAAAAAUGAUUGUCGGUAAUGAAGACUGCCUUUAUGUUAACGUUCACUCUACAAAUGUGGACGCAAGAGCAUCGUUACCAGUACUGGUGUUCAUCCACGGUGGAGCCUUCAUGUACGGAGCAGGAUCUCUGUAUGACGCGUCGCAUUUCAUGGACACUGACAUGGUUGUAGUCACCUUCAACUACCGCCUUGGACCUCUAGGUUUCCUCAGCACUGGCGAUGAAGUUAUACCAGGUAACGCAGGGUUGAAAGACCAAGCUUUCGCCCUGAAGUGGGUUAGAGACAACAUUAUGAUGUUCGGUGGCAACCCUGACAGCGUCACACUCUGUGGUUGCUCUGCUGGUGGCGCGAGCGUACACUACCAGUAUCUCUCACCUCAUUCCAAAGACACAUUCCACCGUGGCAUUGCCUUCAGUGGUUCAGCGUUAUCAUCGUGGACUCACGCUGUGAAACCAGCAGAGAAGGCAAAGACCUUAGCCGGUAUUGUAGGAUGCCCCACAGGAUCUAGCAAGGAGAUGGCAGACUGUCUUAAGUACAGACCUGCAGAAGUUAUCGUCAAUGCCCAAAUUGAAAUGUUGGACUGGAAAGUCCACAUGUUCACACCAUUCACACCAACCGCUGAAGCUCCAGGCACGCGAAAUCCAUUCUUAAACCAAUACCCAUACAUCGCAAGUCAGGCGGGUGCUAUGAAGCCAAUUCCCCUUAUCGCUGGUGUAACAUCUGAGGAAGGAUUGUACCCAGCUUCAGUCUACCAGACGCAUCCAAGCUUACUAGCAGAAUUAGAAUCAAGAUGGGAGCACCUUGCUGCAAAUAUCUUCGAAUAUAAUGACACAUUACCAUUGGAAAUGAAGGCUACAGUUGCGAACAAGAUCAAGCAGCACUACUUGGGAGGAAAGCCCGUCAGCCAAGAGACUUUCCCAAAAUUGGUUGAAGCUCUUGGAGACCGCCUCUUCACUGCGCACGUUGGCAAAUUGGUCCAAAUCCAUGCCCUACGAUCCAAGCAACCAACUUACUUGUACCGUUACGCUUAUCGCGGCCUAUACAGCUUGUCUAACUUAAUGGCUGAAAGGGAUGAUGACUAUGGUGUAAGCCACGCCGAUGAUGUAAUGUCAGUAUUUAAGUUCUUACCAAAUUUCAGCAUGAGAGAGGAGGAUAUUAAAAUGAGGAAUGCUCUCAUUAAAAUGAUCUACACCUACAUGACAACAGGAACUCCAAAACUGCCAAAUGGACCGGAAUGGAAAAAGGUGACACCUGGCGCGACUGAAUUGGACUAUCUAGAAAUAGCCGGACCGAACAAAAUAGAAAUGAAGGCUAGCUCCGAUUUCGGACAAACUCGGUUUUGGGACAGCCUUGGAUUUAUCGAAAAUGAGAAUUUCCAUGUAUCUAUUAAAGAUGAACUGUAAUUAAUAAAUAUAGGAGUAUGUUACACAAUACAAUAAAA